AGAGGUGGGAGUUGGCGCUGCCGGCCGGGCGGGGACAGCGGGCUGCGAUGCGGACCGGGCCGCGGCGGUGACCGGAGCUGCCGCCCGACAUGAACUCGCUGGAGCAGGCGGAAGAUCUCAAGGCUUUCGAGAGAAGACUUACUGAAUAUAUCCACUGCUUGCAACCUGCCACUGGACGUUGGAGAAUGCUUCUUAUAGUGGUGUCUGUCUGUACAGCUACUGGUGCCUGGAACUGGCUAAUAGAUCCUGAGACACAAAAGGUGUCCUUCUUCACAUCGUUAUGGAAUCAUCCGUUUUUCACUAUUAGCUGUAUAACUCUAAUAGGCUUGUUCUUUGCUGGAAUACACAAAAGAGUAGUGGCUCCAUCAAUUAUAGCUGCUCGAUGUCGAACAGUAUUAGCAGAAUACAAUAUGUCUUGUGAUGAUACAGGAAAGCUCAUUUUGAAACCUAGACCUCACGUUCAAUGACAGUCUGCACUAUUGUUAGGAACCUAAACCAGUCUUCUUCAAAUAAUUGAUACAGCAAAACGCCAUAAGGAUUCCUUUUGGAGUUGGAAAUGUGAUGGUUUAGCGACAACUGACAAGAAGCGUGCAAUAUUUGCCCAGAUUAUCUUGAUGAUGCUGACUGAGCUCUCAGCGCCUCAGUACCUUUGAUUACCUGUGUUCAGUAUUAGUGUCACUUUAGCACUUCAGCUCCUGCACAGAACUCUGCAGAUGAAGUAUGUGCGUAUGUUACUAAGUUAAACUUAGAAACCAAACCUCAUUCAGUUUUUAUAAUGUAUUUUUGCAAACUGUUGUAAAUAGCAAAUCAAUGCCAAUGUUAAACCAAGAUGAAAAUGUUUGGACUUUGUUCUCCUGCACCAGUAUUUCAGGAACCAUCUGCUUGACAUCUCCACCACUCCUUAAAACUGGCUAUUACGUGUGCCUUUUGUGCUUAAUGCCUCUUUCCAUUUUGCUGCAGGAAAAACAUCAGAUUCCACUUAGUCUGAGAAAAGUCUCAUCUCCAUUAUGUUGAAAAAUUUAUAGAUGUUUUGACAGUUUUUGUUAAGCCCGAUACUGGAUUCUGGCAACUAUUGUUAUAUUUUUCAAUAAAUUGUUUUCAUUUAACACUAAAUUACUUUUUUUUAAAAAAGAACUUUAAAAACACCCCAAAGUCUUCUGAAUGUUCAAGUUAAAUUAUGUAUUGUCUGGGAAUUUGACAGUUCUUAUUUUAGGUGACUGGAUUUUACGCUGUGGGAGACGUGUUACACUGUGUUGUCCUGGUGUCGCUGCUGGGCUCAGUCCAUCACCAGUCCCACAGAAAGAACCACACCCCAAGCCAGAGCCUACAGUCGCCGCGGCAGCCACGUGUACUACAGUGGCCUUGAAGUGAAACGGUUGGGAUUGCUGUAAUUACUUAAAGUACUAGAGGUGCCUUUACCUGUUUAUUAGAUUUUUGAAAACGUUAAAUUAUUUCAUGAGGAAUAUUUUAAAUUUCAUCUAAUAUUAAACUAAAUUUGAAUAAUAGGACAAAAACGUUUAACAAAGCUGCCAUUUAACUUACGUGUGUUGAUCUUGACUUUCCUGUGUAUAAAAUUGCAUUUUCUGAAUUGCAGCAAUAAAACCCUCUGCUUCUGAGAGCUCUCUAAGAGGGUGUUCUAUAUGUUCUGCAUUGUUUCAUUUUCUGUAAAUUUUGUAGGUAAAUAUGUGCAUAAAAAUAAAUACUUUAUAUAUAACUAGU